CCCGUGCGUCAAACAUGAAAAAAAAUAUGCCUGGUUUGACAUGCAAACUAAAUGUUAAGAGUAAAAUUGGGAGCUGAUGGCAGCGAUGCAAACCUUCCGGCCACACUGACUCUCAGUCUUACAUACAAAAUGGAGGACAGGACUGUCAUCAGAUAAUUGGAGCUGCAGCCUCCAAGUGGCUGAAGACUUGAGAAACCCAGGCCAGUCGUAGGAGAUGUGAAUUUUCUGAAUGAAGAAUGAGAAUCUUGAGUUACUGCGUCAUUUCAGAGGACUGACCCACACCAUCAUCUCCCACAUAACCUUUCAGCCUCAUUCUGCUCCUCUGCCUCGCACAUCUUUAUCCAGCAUCGCUGUCCGGCCCAGGCAGGGUGGACCCGUCCCUCUCCCCAGGCCUCGCGCCCUCCCAUCGGCGGCCCGCUCUGGCGGUGUGUUGGUGUACGAUGGCGCGAUGGUACGCUGAGGGCUGCCGCGGGGGACUGUGAUGUCAGAGCCCAACAGCCCGGGCGAGAGCCGGCGUGGCGCUCCCAGAUUCUUCGUGGGCUGCGAGGACGAUGACAGCGAGGUCCUGGAAGAUAUCAUGAGGACAGACAUGGAGCUGUAUGAAGACGACGAAGACACAGACUCGCCCCCGGAGCGAGAGAUCGUGGUGGGGAUCUGCUGCAUGAUGAAGAAGUCCAAGUCUAAGCCAAUGACCCAGAUCCUGGAGAGGCUGUGCAAGUUUGAGUACAUCACCGUGGUCAUCUUCCCAGAGGACGCCAUCCUCAACGAGCCGGUCGACAAAUGGCCUCUGUGUGACUGUCUCAUCUCCUUCCACUCCAAGGGAUUCCCACUGGAUAAGGCAGUGAGCUACGCCAAACUGAGAAACCCUCUGCUCCUCAACGACCUGAACAUGCAGUACUACAUACAGGACAGGAGAGAGGUGUAUCGCAUCCUGCAGGAAGAAGGGAUUGAUCUACCACGCUAUGCUGUGCUGAACCGCGACCCAGAUAAACCAGAUGAGUGCAACCUGGUGGAAGGAGAGGACCAUGUGGAGGUGAACGGAGAGAUAUUCCAGAAGCCUUUUGUUGAGAAGCCUGUCUGCGCUGAAGACCACAACGUCUACAUCUACUACCCCACCUCAGCUGGUGGUGGCAGCCAGCGACUCUUCAGAAAGAUUGGGAGCCGGAGCAGUGUGUACUCACCAGAGAGCAGCGUGAGGAAGACAGGCUCUUACAUCUAUGAAGAGUUCAUGCCAACAGAUGGCACAGAUGUCAAGGUGUACACUGUGGGGCCUGACUAUGCUCAUGCUGAGGCUCGGAAGUCCCCUGCUCUGGACGGAAAGGUGGAGAGAGACAGCGAGGGCAAGGAGGUCCGCUACCCCGUCAUGCUCUCAGCCAUGGAGAAACUGGUGGCCCGUAAAGUCUGCCUAGCAUUCAAGCAAACUGUGUGUGGCUUCGAUCUUCUCCGAGCCAAUGGACACUCCUAUGUUUGUGAUGUCAAUGGUUUCAGUUUUGUGAAGAACUCAAUGAAGUACUAUGACGACUGUGCCAAGAUCCUCGGGAACAUCGUGAUGCGUGAGCUUGCUCCCCAGUUUCAGAUUCCUUGGUCCAUCCCUACAGAAGCAGAGGACAUCCCCAUCGUUCCCACCACGUCAGGGACCAUGAUGGAGCUACGCUGUGUCAUCGCUGUCAUCCGACAUGGUGACAGAACGCCCAAACAAAAGAUGAAGAUGGAAGUUCGCAACCCCAUGUUUUUUGAUCUAUUUGAAAAAUAUGGAGGAUAUAAAACGGGGAAAUUAAAGCUGAAGAAGCCAAAACAACUGCAGGAGGUGCUGGACAUCACACGGCAGUUGUUAGCAGAACUAGGACAGCACAAUGACUGCGAGAUAGAAGAGAAGAAGUCCAAACUGGAGCAACUGAAGACUGUUCUGGAAAUGUACGGACACUUCUCGGGGAUCAACAGAAAAGUGCAACUAACUUACCUGCCCCAUGGGCAGCCCAAAACCUCAAGUGAGGAAGAAGACACGCGUAAAGAAGGUCCAUCUCUGCUGCUGGUGCUGAAGUGGGGAGGAGAGCUGACUCCUGCUGGCAGAGUUCAGGCCGAGGAGCUGGGAAGGGCCUUCCGCUGUAUGUACCCCGGGGGUCAAGGAGACUAUGCUGGAUUUCCAGGCUGUGGGUUACUGCGGUUACACAGCACCUACAGACACGACCUGAAGAUAUAUGCAUCUGAUGAAGGCAGGGUGCAGAUGACGGCCGCAGCUUUCGCAAAGGGUUUGCUGGCUCUGGAGGGUGAGCUGACACCCAUCCUGGUGCAGAUGGUGAAGAGCGCCAACAUGAACGGGCUGCUGGACAACGACAGCGACUCGCUGAGCAGCUGCCAGCACCGUGUCAAGGCCCGACUCCACGAGAUUCUGCAGAGGGACCGGGACUUCACUGACGAGGACUUUGAUAGGCUGGCCCCGACCUGUAGUGCCUCUUUGGUGAACUCAAUGAAGAUAGUGGAGAACCCAGUGGCCACAUGUGACCAGGUCUACGCCCUCAUUCAGAGCCUCACCUCCCAGAUCCGCAAAAGGAUGGAGGACCCCAAGUCAGCUGACCUGCAGUUGUACCACAGUGAGACACUGGAGCUGAUGCUGCAGCGCUGGUCCAAACUUGAGAGAGACUUCCGCAUGAAGAAUGGCCGCUACGACAUUAGUAAAAUACCUGACAUUUAUGACUGUGUGAAGUACGAUGUCAUCCACAACGCUACUCUGGGCCUGGAGGACACGCUGGAGCUGUUCAGACUGUCUCGAGCCUUGGCUGACAUCGUAAUCCCACAGGAAUAUGGCAUAAAUAGAGUAGAGAAAUUGGACAUAGCAUACGCCCACUGCCUCCCACUGGUCAGAAAGAUCCAGCUUGACCUGCAGAGGACCCACGAGGACGAGUCUGUCAACAAACUGCACCCUCUGUACUCUCGCGGAGUGAUGUCUCCUGGGCGCCAUGUCAGGACCCGUUUAUAUUUCACCAGUGAGAGUCACGUGCACUCCCUGCUCAGCAUUUUCCGCUAUGGAGGCUUGCUCAAUGAGGAGAAGGACCAGCAGUGGAAGCGUGCCAUGGAUUACCUCAGUGCUGUCUCUGAACUCAACUACAUGACUCAGAUUGUCAUUAUGCUCUAUGAGGACAACAAUAAGGACAUCUCCUCAGAGGAACGCUUCCACGUAGAGCUUCACUUCAGCCCUGGUGUCAAAGGCGUCGAGGAGGAGGAGAACGCACCGACCGGCUUUGGCUUCAGGCCCGCUUCUGCAGAGGUAGCCCGCCAGAACGGGCAGAAACAGACCGACCCUGGCAGCCUGGAGGACCUCUCACGAGAUGAGACCGACCGUGCCGUGCCGCUGUCUGAGCCAAUCACCAUUCAGAGGAGGUCCCCACUCAUACGCAAUCAUAAGACUGGAUCCAUGGAGGUUCUGUCAGAGACUUCAUCCUCCAAAGUAGGCAGUUAUCGCCUCUUUUCGUUAUGCUCACGUCAAUCCCCCGAGAUGAAACAAAGUGGUUUAGGCUCUCAGUGUGCCGGGCUCUUCAGCACCACAGUCCUAGGUGGGUCCUCUAGCGCCCCUAACCUGCAGGACUACGCACGUGCACAUCGCAAAAAAUUCUCCACCGGCAGUCUGUCCUACAAAGACGGAACACAAGAUGACACAUCCGCCAUAGCAGUGGCUCCACCUCUGGGGGGCACUGCAACAGAGCCCCUGGAGGAGCACCGUGUGGCCCAGUUCUUGAGGCAUUUCUCCACCGACCUCAGCCUGGGCCGCAGCCUCUCUCUGGACUGGGCGCUGGCCCACCACCUCCACCAGUGCUCCUACCACCUCCGCCUCUUCCGAAACUGGCUCAUCUCCGGUCAAGACCCCCUAGAGUACUUCUACGGCUUCGAAGGCUGCUCCAUGGUGCCCUCCAUCUAUCCUCUGGAAACGCUGCACAACUCGCUGUCGCUGAAACAGGUCAGCGAGUUCCUCACCGGUGUGUGCGAGAGCGCAGGGGAUCCCCACACGAGGACCACCAGAGCUCUGUCCGCCAUGUUUGAGACACACAACCAGCCAUCAGUGGACUCGUACAUCCCUCAGAGAGUCCUCACUUCCUCCAUCUCUCUCAGAUCUCGUUCUGACAGACCCCCUUGGUACAGCAGCGGUCCAUCCAGCACAGUAUCAAGCGCUGGACCGUCUUCUCCCACUACAGCUGACACUUCCCCACGCUUCAGCUUCAGCGAUAAGAUCUGCCUCACCCCUCAGAGCAGCGAGGAAACUCACUCCUCUCAAAACACUUCCACUCAGCCAGUGCCCGCCGUCGGGUCACAAGGCCUUGACCUAACUUGCUGUGCUCUCUCAAGCCUCGCCGAGGUCCCUCUGACUCCAAAAAACUCCCCAGAGGAUGACGCCGAGCUCUGCGACGUUACCGCUUGCCAGGCUGAUGAUCCCGAACACGCACAGAAAGGGCCAGAGGGGGCUCCUGCAGCCCAAGAUGCCUCCGACGUUGCGAUUUCAGAUCCUGGCCUGAGAACGCCUUGCUCUGCGUUGGCGGAGCUCACUCUGGCUCGAAUGGAGAGUUACUGCCUCCCGAGCUCUCUGCCGGUGCUGCUGGAGCUCCGAGAGAGCGGCAGCGAGGCAGGCUCCAGCUCCCAGACGCCCCAGUCUCCGGAGGGACUCGACGAGUUCUUCGACACUCAGGAGUCGAUGGAGUUGUGGAUGGACAGCCCUGAAAGCCUCCCUUAUCCCGAGACGCCUCUAGAAGUCGGCGCCACUCACACAGCAGAGCCGUAGAGCGCUGAAAUCUUCAGAACGACAAAUCUGUCAGAAAAUCCUCCUUGUUGUCGAGUAGGAGCAGUGAGGCUCAGUACUGUGUUACAGCCGACCGGGCCUCCCAACUCCUCCAGCUUGAUGACUACUGUGUUAUGAGUAGUAAUGAAUGUGCGGCUGAUUUUCACACUAGGCUCUGUGUUGGAGAAUCAUUUAAAAAACACACUGGGGACACACCAGUGACACCACUGAGCCACUUUUGACAGCCCACUGGUUCAGUUCAUCUGUCUGUAAAGCCACUUGUUGCAAGGGGAAGUUUUAUUGUCAAUCUCUCUGUCACUGUGGGUUAUGUGCUGUCGCACGAGCCCUUUCCUUAAAGCUGCAUUAAUCGAUGUAUGGCCACUAGGGGGCAGAAACACCCAGAGACCUACCAGCCCUGACAUGCUAUCACCUUAUAAAGCUGUUAUAGCGAAGGUGUUACACAUCCAGGCGACACAGAACAAAGUCAUCAUCCCGUUGGAGUUGUGUUUGUGUCCACAUUAUGAAUUUAAGUCCAAUAUUCGCUCUCCUUUUAGUUCUGGUUUGCUCACCACCAACCUGUCCGCCAUGUUGUGCGGGGCAGAUACUGUAGUGUACAGUGGGUUGAUCACGAGUUGAGAGAGAGAGAGCGUUGAGCAUUAAAGGGAUAGUCUGGAUCUUUUGAAGUGUGGCUGGAUGAGCUACUUUUCCAUAGUCAGUGUAUUAGCUACAGUAGAUGACACCCCCGGUUUGGAAAACCUCACAGAACACGGGAGUUGCUGGUCUACCGCUGCCUCCAUCGGUUAGUUUGUUUGUGUGUGACUUUGGUGUUUUUAAAGCGUUAGUUCAGAUUCACCAAAGUCACACAAUAACACAAACAAACUAACCGAUGGAGGCAGCGGUAGAGCAGCAACUCCUGUGUUCUGCGAGGUAAAAUGACUGUUCUUGUCAAAGGAGUCAUGGUGGCUUUGAAGAUAGGUGGCUUAAGUAGGUUUUUCCGCUACCUCCAAUCAACAGCAGUGCGGUGCAUUGCUUAGCUUCCGUGUCUGACACUGACAAAUGCUGAUGACUGAUAAAUGCCUCAAACAACCCCACCUCAAAACCACCCCAAAGUAUCCCUUUAACUGUACAGGAGCUGUGCUGUAAAACUAAAACACUGAGCUAAAGGAGGCUAUAUCAAAAAGGCGUGUCCCAUUUCAUGAGUUCAAUUGAUUCAUCGUGACCAUCAAGAUAUUAAUUAAUGGAGCUUUAAGUUGUUCAAUCUGUCUCGCAUCUUUCUUACCUUCAGCCUUAACCCUUGGACAGCCGCAGUAGAGAAGUUCUCCCAUUUCCCAACUUUCAUAACAUUCAUCGUCCAGUUUUCGUUGUUUGUUACAGGACACAGUGGCUCAUAGACUCACUUCGUUUUUACGAGUAACAGGAAAUGACUCGCAGUACAAGACGGAUAAAAGAAAAUGCAAUCCGUGGCUCUUCGUCGCCCGCCAGCGCCCGUCCUGUGCUGAGCUCCUGUGGCGUUACGUGUUUAGUACCUGCAUCUACCGCUGUGAUGUGCAUCUUCAUUACUGCCAGUAAAAUAGAAUGUUAGUGUUCAAUCUCCAGGUCAGACUGCGUGUGCACUGCUUACUGCCAAAGUCCUUAAGCCUCAUUAAAGAUUUAAUAUAAUCAGAUAGGAAUUGAUUGAGAAAGAAAAUAUUUAUUUUGAAAUUGCAUCUUGAAAAGAAAAAAAAAAAAAAGGUCUGGUAUUUUUGAUACCCAUAUCAGCUAUUUAAUUGUACAAUAUAGCUAUUGUAUAUUGUUUUUUUGUAGAAUCACCUCAUGAUGUGGGAAAAUCUGAAAGCUAAUCUCUCAUUUUAUCACUGAACAAACAGGAGGAGCAUUUUACAUGUAAUGUGCUUUGAUUGUGGCAAGCAGUUAUGUAGCAGAUCUGUAUGUGUGUUUAGGGGGGGGGAGGGGGUGCACACAUGCUUGAUAAGCAAUUCAGGUAGAUGAGUAUGCACGCUUUUGUGUUUAAUCAUUGGGAUUUCAUGUUACAUUUCAAUGUACUGUAGAGGUGAAACACACAGAUAUGAGUUAGUGACUCUGUCAUCCUGUCUGUGUGUGUACAGAUUACUGCUCGGUUUUGCUUUUGUGCUGCAGGUGCCGUUUGCUUAAAGGGUCAGUUCACUCAAAUUACUAUUUUAUAUAUAUAUAUAUAUAUAUAUUUUUUAUUUAUUUUUUUAUCAGCAGCAAUGUGUCUUUCCAGAACAAGUGUCCCCAUCACUCUGGAUCCUUCACACCCCACCGUUGUCUGUGGAACUACUGUAAUCUAUACAGUACUUAAACAGCAACUUAAUAUCAAGUUGAAUAUUUGUAAGUGCAUUUCCAAACAAGGUUUUUUUUUGUAAGUUUUCAAGUUCCGUGUUAAAGUGGAGAACCCUAGAAAUUUGAAGUUUUUAAUGCUUGGCUGAGGUGGAAAAGUUUGUGUAUCGAUAAAAACGAAACGUGACCAAGUGCAACGGAAACAGAUGAAUAAAUCACGACGUACAUGAUGAUACAGGAUGAUACCAUGUUUUCCUUAAUUUGAGGUUUGACGUUAUUGUUAUGAGUUAUUGCAUUAUUAAUAAAUCAUUUCAUUUUGGCCUUAGCAAUAAAAAAGCCCUUCUUUAAUGUUGCCGACUGUCGUUUUAUGCUCUUUUUUAUUUUAUUUUUUUUAGUUAUUUAAAAAACAACAAAAAAAACUUUUUUUUAAAGUAUCUGUUCAGGCACCGUUUCAGAAAAAUCACUUAAGCACCGGUAUCGGAAAAAAACCUCAACGAUACCCAUACUCCUAGUCCUCUGGCCGAGCCGGUACAUAGUUCUCUGGGCUCUCUGCACACAUGAAUGUGAUGAAAUAAUAUCUUGAUUCUGCUCUUUAGGACUUUCCAAAUUUUAUUGGAUGGGAUGAGAUCAGAUUCUGAUCAUACAAAGAGUCAUUUGGUUUUUUUUGUGGUGCUCCGGAAUAAAUGUCAUCAUUUCACAGCUCUUCCUUUUGUAGUGAUUAGUGUUUGUGGACAGCCGUUGGGCCUUCAUCUUAAAGCUUUGAGCACCACAAGCCAGAGGGUCAGAAUCGAGGCAGAAAUCUCAGAGACCGAUGUCUCAAACCCUAAUCAAAUGAAACCAUAGGUGAGAAAAUGUAAUUUGGGUGAACUGACCCUUUUAAAACCUGCUCAGAAAUCCACCUUUUAAUCUUGGAGGAUGAAUCGUCUGAUGGACUGUGUAGUAAUCCAAUACAUAUCUCCCUGCUGAGCGCUUUGUGAACCCGUUGGAUAAUAAGCUUUGGUUUAGAUGCACGUGUGUUUUCCUCCGAUCUGUGCUGACUGUACUGAACGACUUCACAAACGUUUUCUGUCUGUUGUUCCCCUUCUGUGUGAAGUUAAAUCAUUCGGUUUUUAGAAAGAUCAUUAUAUGAAACAUCCACAAUGAUCUGUAAUACUUAUGACAAUGUUACAAAAUACAGCUAUUGGAACAUAAAUUCCGUUUGUGGGUCUGCUUUGUUUUUUUGGUUUUGUAUCAUGAUUUCUGUCCAUCCGAAAUAAACCAAUAAAAAACUUAAGAUUCAAA